UAAUACAAGGGAAAAGGAAGAAAAAACUAGGAACACACAAAUGGCUUCUAACACCCCCCCACCCUCCCACUUUCCCAAUCAUUUUGCUGGGCAUCAAUGGCCACAGCUUUUCUCCACAGCUUCUGCAACAUCUUCCCACAGCGAUUACUUGACCCACAGCCUCAUCUCCUCAAGCAACGGACUCUCAGCACAUCAAAUGAUCUCAAAACAAAACCUCCACCCAAAUCGAGCAAAGCCUCCGUCGCCCGUACCCUCCUCUCCUACAUCGAGGCCGGGCGAACGGAGGGAGCUCUCUCCCUUUUCGAAAGCACGAAGAAGCCCGACACUUUUCUCUGGAACCUCAUGAUCAGAGUAUACGCGAGCAGCGAAUUCUACCAAGAGGCCAUGGAUUUUUAUCAUCGCAUGCAGGCCGCUGGGAUGCGCGCGGAUAACUUCACCUUCCCAUUUGUGAUCAAAUCGUGCACCGCCUCGUCGUGCUUCGACGAAGGAUUAAAAGUCCAUGGAAGGUUGUUCAAGGUUGGAUUGGAUUCGGAUCUUUUCAUAUGCAAUUCUCUGAUAGGCAUGUAUUCGAAGUUCGGGCUCGUCGCUGACGCCGAGAGGGUGUUCGAUGAAAUGCCGAUAAGAGACAUCGUCUCUUGGAACUCGAUGAUCGGUGGCUAUGUGUCGAAUGGGGAAGGGUGGAAAUCACUGAUUUGUUUCAAGGAGAUGCAGGCAGCUUCUGGGUUGCAACAUGAUCGGUAUGGGAUUAUGAGUGCUCUUGCAGCCUGUUCUUCGGAGAUGUCUACCAAGCAAGGGAUGGAGAUUCAUUGCCAUGUGAUAAGGCACGGGCUCGAAUCAGAUAUCAAGGUUCAAACUUCCCUUCUUGAUAUGUAUUGCAAGUGUGGAGAGGUGUUCUAUGCUGAGAGAUUGUUUAAGGCGAUGAAUCAAAGAAAUGUUGUGACUUGGAAUGCUUUAAUUGGUGGAUAUGCUCUGAACAAUCAACCCCACAAGGCAUUUGCUUGUAUGGUAGAAAUGCGAGCCGAUAGCAUCGAUCCGGAUGCGGUCACAAUGGUGAAUCUACUCCCUGCUUGUGCUCAGGCAAGAGGCAUAUCUCAUGGGAAAGCAAUUCAUGGCUUGUCAAUUAGAAAAUGUUUCCUCCCCCAUCUGGUUCUGGAGACUGCUUUGACCGAUAUGUAUGCAAAAUGUGGGGAACUAAGGUCAGCAGAAUUGUUAUUUGAUCGGAUGACCGAAAAGAGCUUGGUAUCAUGGAAUGCCAUGAUUGCGGCUUACGGGCAGAAUGGGAGGAACAUGAAGGCUUUGGAGGUUUUCCUUGACCUUUGCAACAGGCAUUUAGAACCGGAUCUCUUCACCAUCUCAAGCAUCAUGCCGGCAUAUGCCGAGCUAGCGUCACUGCGAUAUGGAAAGCAGAUACACAGUUAUGUUGUGAAGUCCAAGUAUGGAAGCAACACCUUGGUGUUGAAUGGCAUCAUAUAUAUGUAUGCAAGGUGUGGUGAUUUGAAGACCUCAAGAGAGGUAUUCGACAGAAUGAUGUGCAAGGACAUCAUUUCGUGGAACACGAUUAUAAUUGGAUAUGGGUUUCAUGGGCAUGGGAAGAUAGCAUUAGAUCUGUUUUCUGAUAUGAAAAGCAAAGGGAUUCAACCAAAUGAGAGUACCUUUGUAUCGGUAUUAACUGCUUGCAGCUUGUCAGGCUUGGUAGAUGAAGGUUGGAUGAACUUUAAUUCUAUGCAACAAGAAUACAACAUUUCUCCUCAGAUCGAGCAUUAUGGAUGCAUGGUCGAUCUCCUAGGCCGAACGGGAGAUCUCAAAGAGGCAGUAGACUUCAUAGGGAGAAUGCCAUUGGUCCCAGCAGCAAGGAUUUGGGGAUCUCUUUUAACUGCAAGCAGAAACAAAAACGACAUAGAAAUGGCAGAGCUCGCAGCGGAGAAAAUCUUUGAAUUGGAACAUGACAAUACCGGCUGUUAUGUCUUGCUUUCUAGUAUGUAUGCUGAUGCUGGGAGGUGGUCAGAUGUCGAAAGGGUGAGAUAUCUCAUGAAGGAAGAAGGGAUACAAAAGACAACAGCUAGGAGCCUGCUUGAGCUUGAUGGCAAGACAUGCAGUUUUAUUAAUGGAGACAUGUCACAUGACCAAAGCAAUAUAAUCCAUGAAGUAUCAGACAUACUCUCAAAGGGAAUAGGGGAAACUGCAAAUGAUUCCAAUUUUGUGCUGAACCCAGUAGAAGUAGAAGCAAAGAAAACAGCGAUGCCUAAAAGGCACAGUGUAAGGCUUGCAGUUGUUUUCGGCUUAAUAUCCACAACAGUGGGAAGUCCUAUCCUUGUACGGAAGAAUGUCAGGAUAUGCAAUGACUGCCAUCAUGCUAUUAAGUUGAUAUCUAGAUAUAGCAAAAGGAAGAUUAUUAUAGGGGAUACAAGGAUCUAUCAUCACUUCACUGAUGGGUUCUGUUGUUGUGGUGAUUAUUGGUGAUUUUCUCCUUCAUAGAUUGGAUCCUGAUGUUGUUGAUAAAACACUACCUCCCAAGUAUACAGAGGUAAUGCAAUGAUUAGCAGGCUCAAAUGAUGAUGAAACUGAGAUAAAAAGUCGUCAUACUGUUUCAAGAAGCACAAAAUCCACAAAUGAACUUGAACUACUGAACAAAUAAGCUUACAAGGUGAAACAGAGAAAAGGUUCAUGUUAAACCAAGCUUUUUUUUUUUAUGAGGCUGAUUUGCUGGAGGUGUGGAGACAUUGGAGCAUUGUGAGCUCAAUUCAUUGGAAGCUCUAGGAACUUGAGAACAUUAAAGCAUGCCCAACCUGAAUGUCUACGACUUUGUUGACAGAGAAACCUAAAGAACAGAACUAAUUUGCUUCGGAGGCAGGAAGACCAGUUAAAGGAAUUUGUUUCAGCUGUUUCUGGGUCAAAUUUAUGUACUCUGAAUCUGCAAUGCGAUGUCAAUUGUUCGAAGUACCAAGAUGAACUUUUCAAGGGGCAGCUGCUUGAGAAAGUAUAUUCCGAAUCUGUCAUAAAUAUCUGUCCAUGUAUCUAGGAUUAAAUCUGUGAGAGCAGUGCAGCAUGUCCAAAGUACAAUAAAACAAUAAUUUCCUCAGCA